AUGUUCGGCGGCAACUACUACGACAACGACGAUCCGAUGGCCAUGUACCAGGCGGCCAUGGGCAUGCGCAGCGGCGGCCAGCCCCGGCGUUUCGACGAGUACUUCCGCUGCUACCCCGUCGUCAUGAUGCCCGGCCCGGAGCGCACUGAAGCCAACCACGGCGGCAAGGUCUUCAUGCCGCCCUCGGCCCUCGACAAGCUGACGCGCCUGCACAUCACCUACCCCAUGCUGUUCGAGCUGAUCAACGGCACCGCCCAGAAGCGGACCCACGCCGGCGUGCUGGAGUUCACCGCCGAGGAGGGCAAGAUAUACCUGCCGUACUGGCUCAUGCAAACGCUCGAAAUGGAGCCGGGCGACCUGGUCCAAGUCAAGUCGACGGACCUGCCGCUGGGCAACUUCAUCAAGCUGCAGCCGCAGUCGUCCGACUUCCUCGACAUCUCGGACCCCAAGGCCGUCCUGGAACAGGCCUUCCGCAACUUCUCCUGCCUCACCCUCGGCGACGUCUUCACCUUCGCCUACAACGACCAGGUCUACAGCAUCGCCGUCCUGGAAGUCAAGCCCGACCAGGCCUCCCACGCCAUCUGCACGCUGGAAACCGACCUGUCCGUCGACUUCGCCCCGCCCGUCGGCUACGAGGAGCCUCAGCGCGCCGCCGCCGGUGCAAGCGGCACCAGCACCCCGCGCAGCAUCCAGGCCGGCGGGGGCGCGACGCUACCGGGCGGCGGCACGCUGCACCCGCACGGCAGCAUGGCGCAGGCCAUCAACUACGCGGCCAUCGCGCCGUCGGCGUCGACGGCCGCCGCCGGCGCCCGCGCCGUCUCGUCCAACUUUUUGUCCGGCGGCCACAAGCUGUCGUCGUCGAAGCGCGGCAGCAAGGCGCCCACGCCCAAGCCCUCGACCCCCGUCGCCGGCGCGUCGUCGGCCACCACCGUCGGCAGCGACCCGGCGCCCGUGGUUCGCCGCGGCAACGCGAACGGCCCGCAGCCGCUGCGGUUGCCGCCCGGGAAGCUGUUUUUCGGGUACGAGAUCAAGCCUGUGAAGGGGAAGAAGAAGGAUGGGGCGGGUGGUGGUGAUGACGACGACGGCGACGACGACAGUAAGCCGCAUUUCCAGGGACAGGGGCAGACGUUGAGGGGGAAGAAGAAGACAUGA